ACUAUAGUUAAGCGAGAAAUUGGAGUAUGUAUAUUGUCGAUUUGUGUAAUCAAGAUUUGUUUUCUUGACAAACGUAUAUGACGUACACGGCUGAACAAUAUACGACAUUAAUUAUUUCGGCAGAGAAAAGUUAAUAUUAUAAUAUGCAGUGGUUAAGAAUAUAUUUAUAAUAUAAUCUUUUGCUAAAAGUUAAAAUUUACUCAAGAAUGACUCGAGCUAACAGAAAGAGAGGGCGCGAUGCAGAAGAAGAAUCUAGUGAAUUUAUGCCAUUAAGUAAAAGAAUUAAUAACCUUCAUAUUAAUGGUCUAUCAGGCAUACAAGAAAAUAUGUCUGAAAAUAUGGAAACAGAUUGUUGCAGUAGGAGUUUUAUGCCUUCUCCAAAUUAUUCAGAACUUUCUCAAGGAUCACCAUUGUAUGAUGGAUAUAGCUCUAGCCAAAGUAGUUACAUAGCAGAAUAUAAACCUGAUUUAGAUGCUAUUGAAAAUCCAUUUUAUUAUGAAAGUAAUAAGCUAUUAUUUUCUUUAUAUAUGGAACGUAUACAGAGAACAUCUGAUUCAUUUUGAUAUCUCUAUUUUCAAAUUAUAAUUCCUAAUCAUUAAGCAUUUCUUGCAUGUCAUUUGUUUCAUUCCUUUUCAAUACAAUUUUAUUAAUUAAAUCAUUAAAAAUUUUAAAAAGUCUUGAAGAUCUUUAAUAACAAUUUAUUAUUUAUUAUAUAAAUGAAAUUGUAUAUAUAAAAAGAAAAUUAAAUAUUUAAAAUUUUUUGUCACAUGAUAAUUCACAGUUAGACAAACAUAGAAUUAAAAUUUAUAUAAUAAUGGUUAUGUUUAUGCUUUGAAUAAUUAUUGGUAAUAUAUAUAUAUUUCAUUAUUGUUAUAGUAUAAUAUAUCAAUAUUAUAUUAAAUUACUGAUUCUACAUAAAUGACGUGUCGUUGAUCUAUUAUAUUUUUAUUAUGAACAUUUAUUAGAUUGCAAAGUAUUUUGAGACUGUGAAAACAUGGAAUAGCAUAUUUAUAAUAAAAAAAGAUUAUAAAAGGAAUAAAAAACAUUAAACAUU